AUGGGGCCAGAGCCGCUGCGGGACGAGGAGGAGGAGGACGGGGGGCCCCCCCGCCGCAGCCGCUUCGUGAAGAAGGACGGGCACUGCAACGUGGAGUUCGUCAACCUGGGCGAGAAAAGCCAGCGGUACCUGGGCGACCUGUUCACCACCUGCGUGGACGCCCGCUGGCGCUGGCUGGCCCUGCUCUUCUCCCUGGCCUUCGUGCUCUCCUGGCUGCUCUUCGGCCUGGCCUUCUGGCUGGUGGCCGCCCUGCACGGCGACCUGGGCCCCGCGCCCACCCCGCGCCCGCCCUGCUUCACCCAGGUCACCGGCCUGCUGGGCGCCUUCCUGCUCUCGCUGGAGACCCAGACCUCCAUCGGCUACGGCUCGCGCAGCGUGACCGAGGAGUGCCCGGCCGCCGUGCUGGCCGUGGUGCUGCAGUGCGUGGCCGGCUGCCUGCUGGACGCCUUCCUGCUGGGGGCCAUCAUGGCCAAGAUGGCCAAGCCCAAGAAGCGCAACCAGACGCUGCUCUUCAGUCGCUGCGCCGUGGUGGCCCUGCGGGACGGGAAGCUCUGCCUCAUGUGGCGCGUGGCCAACCUGCGACGCAGCCACCUGGUGGAGGCCCACGUCCGCGCCCAGCUGCUGCAGCCCCGCGUGACCCCUGAGGGCGAAUUCCUGCCCCUGGACCAGCGGGACGUGGACGUGGGCUUCGACAGCGGCACCGACCGCCUCUUCCUGGUCUCGCCGCUCACCGUGGUGCACGAGAUCGACGACACCAGCCCCUUCUACGGGCUGGGGCCGGCCCAGCUGGCCCGGGCCGACUUCGAGCUGGUGGCCAUCCUGGAAGGCAUGGUGGAGGCCACGGCCAUGACCACGCAGUGCCGCACUUCCUACCUGCCAGGCGAGCUGCGCUGGGGCCACCGCUUCGCCCCCGUCCUGGCCCGCUGCCGCCGCGGGCGCUACCGGGUCGACUUCCACCACUUUCACCGAACCUACCCGGUGCCCGGCACCCCCCGCUGCAGCGCCCGGGAGCUGGGUCAGCAGCACCCCAGCGCCCCACGCGCCUGCUUCUGCUACGUUAACGAGCUGGCCCUGCGCGAGCAGGAGCAGGAGGAGGAGGAGGACGGGGCCACGGGCGGCCUCGGGGCCACGGAGACGUGA